AUGGGGGCUACUCAUCGUCAGAUAUCCAGAACCUUCAACUGCUCCCAGACCACCAUCAGCAAGUUGAUAAUCCGCUACCAACAGGCAGGACAGACUCAAGACCGGCCAAGAUCGGGAAGACCGAGAGUGACAACACCGGCCGAAGACCGCUACAUCCGGCAGAUUCACCUCCGAAACAGAUGUGUGACGGCGACGUCAGCGGCGGCAACAGCACUAGGGCAUGCCAUCAGCAGACGAACAGUCCUUCGACGACUUCGUACGGCCGGAACGAUGGCAGAGUUCGAGUUUUUCGACGAAGGGGAGAGCGACUGGCGCCAAACUGCAUUAGAGAAGUUCAACUGUUUGGAGGUGGAGGCGUCAUGGUAUGGGGUGGUAUGGGGUGGCAUGUGUGGCCAGAUUACAAGAAGGCUGGCUAUCAUCCGAGGAAACCUUAAUGCUCAGCGAUGA